AAGAAUACUCAAUAUCAAUUCUAAAUCUCCUAAUGUAUUUUUUUGCUGGUUAUAUUCGAUGCAAUAUUUUAAAGUAAACCUCUUUAACUUUACCAAUAAGACAAAAUUUAAUAAUUGAAAGCUAUACAAACAUAGGAUGACUCACCGACCGUGAUGAACAGGCACUCCGGUAGACACCUCUGUGUAUUCGCAGGGUCCUUCUUGUGGAGGAACAAAAAAUGGCGGCGUCCAUGCUGUGCAAGAGGACGGCAAUGUUAUGCAGGACUUUAAAGGGACUUUCAUGUUCAAAAACUGUACUUUUCGCGGACUCUCAAAGCGGGAUUCUAUUGCAGACAGCGUCCUACAACCCCAAACCUUUAAAGCUGAACCUCCGCGAGCCAUACAUUCCCGACAAGGACAGCGAGAAGACGCCCGAGUGGCAGAAGACGGGCCGGUAUGACAGGAAGCUAUUCGGCCGGUACGGUUCAGCGUCAGGUAUCGACCCUGCCUCGCUGUGGCCCAGCCACGAGCAGCUGGACAAGCUUAUCGCAGAGGAAAACGAGUGGCACCCUCCAUUAGAGGUAAUGCUGAAGAAGAUCGAGGCCAAGGAGAAGGUGGAAUCCGAAAAGCGGUUGGCAAAAGAGAAACUUAUCACAGCCAACAUGGCCAAAAUGCCCAAGAUGAUUGCCGACUGGCGCCGGGAGAAGCGCGACACCAAGAGCAAGCUGAAGGAGGAGAAGACUCGCCGCGCAAAGCUGCUGGCCGAGGCCAGACAGCGCUUUGGCUACGCCGUGGACCCCCGCAGCCCCAAGUUCUUGGAGAUGGUCGCAGAGUUAGAAACGGAGGAUAAGAAGAAGAAGAAGCUAAUGAAGCGCAGACUGAAAGAGGAGCAGGCGGCGGCCCCCAUCACACCUCCUGCUGCCUCCUCGUAGUCUUGGACUGAGCCGUUUCCCACAUAACUAACUGUAUUUAAUGAAGAUGGAAGGCAUGCUGCGCCCUGAGGGACAUUUGUUAAAGAGUAUAACGGCUUGGUCCUUGUUUUACCUGAUGGCAUCUGGAAUGACCUGGAUUCAAGAAAACACUUUUUUCUGUAAAAAAAAGCACAUGUUCAUUUCUCUAUGUAUUUAGCCUUCACUGAAAUAAAUGAAUUUCUGUACAGAC